AAUCUAUCCAAAACUGAGCUCAUAAUAUUACCUCCCCUACGUGCCUCUUCCCCUGAUUCCUCGGUCAGGAUCAAUAGCACCACUAUCAACCCAUCCCUGGAUACCAUAAAGCUCCUAACUCACUCUCUGGUUAUCUAUCGCCUCAACUCCCUCCUCAUUGGCUUACCUUUACAUAGGCCACUCCCCCUCCAGUCCAUUAUGAAUACUGCUGCCAGGCUUAUCCACCUUACCAACCGUUCAGUGUCUGCUACCCCUCUCUACCAAUCCCACCACUGACUUCCACUCAGUGUCCUUCACGCACCUCUGCCAAUCCCUCCACUGGCCUCCACUCAGUGCCCUCCACCCCUUUCUGCCAAUCCCUUCACUGGCUUCCAUUCAGUGUCCUCCAUCUCUCUCUGCCAAUCCCU